AUGAAGGAGGAACUAAUGUGUGAAACUAUUAGAUGCUGUGGCCUUCUCGACUUCUCGUGCACUUCACCGAAGCAACGCAGGUCACGCCCAAAGCUCAUCCGGACUACAAUGGCCUCAGAAUCGAACACAGCCGAGCCUUAUCAGCUUGCAUUGGACAAUCCGUCGGUGACACUGCUCGGCUUCAUGUCGCAACGGUACGGUCUGACGAAGCCGGUCUGGCAGAAUACGAAUUUCGUGGUGUUCGAGGAGCUCUUCAAAUCAGUCACGCCCAACGGUUCCGGUAGAUUGAACAUCCACCGGAAGGUUGGGGUCGACCUCAGACACCUCGUCGAAUUGGCGCCGGUGCCACUGAAACUCGCUGGCUUGGAUCACGCCAUCAGUGGACAUUCUGCAAAGACACGAGAGGGUGCCUCGGCAAAGGGUCGCGAACGACAUUCAAGCGAGAGAACAGCGCAGAGGAAACGCGAGGCGAGCAAUAAUUCCACACUGGGGCCAAGUCAUGUGGUCGAAGUUCCGAAGGCGCGGCCCGACCGCCCAGUCUUCCACUCUUCUCAUCGCCGGUCGUCGUUGAUCCUGCUUCGUUCUCGGGCUACUUGGGAUUUAUGUGCUUUAGCUCUGAUUUCUCAAUGA